AAGCACUAAAUCAAAUUUUAUUUGAUUUGUGAUUGUUCUAAGUGAAGACGGAAUGGCUUUUAAAAUUACCGUUGCUUUUGCUGUGUGCCUUCUUUUACCACUUGCGUAUGCUCAGUUGCAAGUUGUAAAUGGAAAAAUAAAAAUAACAACUGGUACCGGAGCGUUUUGUGGUGAUACGGUCAACUUCAUUACAAAUCAAUUGGGACCAGCUUAUGAAGAAUAUGGAGAUUUUUUGGAGCUUGAGUUCAUUCCUUGGGGAAGGGCGACAUUGAAUACAGAUGGAACUGUCACUUGCAAUUUUGGAACUAACGACUGUUGGGCCAACAGACUUCAUAGGUGUGUUAUAGAUCUGUUGAAAGACAACCAUGACGCUCAAAUGAGGUAUAUGUACUGUGAAUUCACUCAACGAUCAGCUUUCUUGUACGGAAGCUACGAGUGCGUUCCUUCUAAUUUGAAUAUUGUCACAGUUGAUUAUUGUGUCAACAAUCCACAACGUGACACGUUAGAUGCCGACGCAGCUGCAGCUAUCGCUCCAGCUAUGGCAACAAUUAAUUUUGUGCCAUCUAUUGUUUUUAAUGAUCAAAUUAAUGUGGCUCUACAUACGGAAGCUAGGACAAGACUGGGAAGCAUGAUCUGCUCCGCAUUGGCUGAAAUUCCUGAGACCAAUGUAACUGGAUGUACACUGUAAUUUUUCUGAGUAAAUUUUAUUUUUCAUAAUUUA